UUCUCGCUGCCUGCGCAAGCCCCGAAGUGUCUAUAAUAAUGGUUCGUCUCGCAGCGUUAGUCGGCGCUUCAGCAGCAGUUCUCGCCUCCGCCAAUGCCUUCACGGUAACCAUCACCAACGGAUGCUCGAUACCCAUCGAUCUGUACACGCGACUUGCCAGCGUCUACACUGACGAAAGCGAGACCAUCGCCCCUGGCGCCUCGGUCGACAAGACCAUCGAGAAGGGCUUCGAAGGACACUUCCGCAAUGGCUCCAGUGAUGCCGCAACGCUCAUUGAGUUCGCCACGAAGGGCGACCUCGAUCUGGCCUGGUACGACAUCGGCAUCAUUCCGCCCCAUCUCGAAGCCGGCUACGAGUACUGCUCGAGCUUGCAGGAGUGCAAGGACCACUCGAAGAGCGGCAUUGGCUUCAACACUCCCGUGCAGGUAACCCCCACGUCAAACACCGGCAAGGACACGUGCGAGGAGAUUGAGUGCUUGGCUGACGCCUGCGAGGACGCCUACAAUUUUCCCAAGGAUGACACCAAGACCCACUCGUGCGCGUUCGGCACCGACUUUGUCGUGACCUUCUGUCCGUCGGGUGACGCGUCCCAGACGCAGCAAGCCACAUCGGGCUCGGCCUCGACCACGCAGGACGCCACCCAGCAGGAUCCAACACAGGAAGAAUCCCCGGCUCCUCAGACGACUACGCCCGCCGUAUCAGAGGCUCCGGCUACCGAUGCCCCAGUACAGGAAGCCUCUAUGGCGUCAGACAGCGGUACUGGUAAGGUACACACUCAAGACGACAGUGUGAACAAUGAGUCGGAGACGACACCCCCAGACGCGAUUCAGGCCGAGACGCCCGCACAAGAGGUGGUUCAGUCGGACACGCCCGUUCCUGAAGUGACCCCGGCGUCUACCCCAGCCGUCACCAAGCCCAAGUUUUGCGUGUAAACAAGCUCCAUGUACGUUUUCAACUGAAAGGUUGAGCAAUUCUCUGCUGUCCAUAGCGUAGGUGACCCUAGAAAUACACCACUCGUCGUGUACCUAAUACAUCACUUUCUCGCCUUUGCCA